AUGCAAGUUUAUGCUAAAUUCAUGAAGGAGAUCUUAUCGGGAAAGUGUAAAUUGAAGUAUGAUGAGAAUAUCACUUUGGUGAAAGAGUGUAGUGCAAUAAUUCAACGAGAGCUUCCAUCCAAACUCAGUAAUCAAAGUAGAGUUAUUAUUCCAUGUUCUAUUGGUUCACUAACUAUUGGUCUUGCUUUGUGUGAUUUGGGAGCUAACAUUUAUCUUAUGUAUCUUUCCAUGACGAUAAAGUUAAAUUUUAGUAAACAAAAGAAAACUCGGAUGAAUUUGACGUUAGAUAAUUGUUCUGUCACCUAUCCAUAUGGUGUUCUUGAAGAUGUACUAGUUAGAGUCAAUUAUUUAUUGUUUCUAACUGGUUUCUUUAUUAUUGAUAUGCCCAAAGACUCUGAAACACCAUUAAUAUUAGGUGGAUCAUUCUUAGAAACAGGUUGA